UGUCUGAAAGUCAUGCUGUUACUAUAAACUCUCCAACCUACUCUCUACUUCUCUUAGAUUUUCCAUCUCUCUCUCUCUCUUUCUUCAAACAAGCAACCCACUUGAAGCUCUGGACUACUUCAAUAAUGGAGGACAAGAUUGAGGAGCCAAUUUCAGAUCAAAGAACCAUGAGUGACCAUCUCAAUGAUGCUCCUUCUUCAGCUUCUUUAAAAAGAAGAAAGGGUGGCCUCAUUACUAUGCCAUUCAUUAUUGCAAACGAGGCAUUUGAGAAGGUGGCAAGUUAUGGGCUAGUUCCAAACAUGAUCCUCUACUUCAUCGGAGAUUAUCAUCUCAGUGUUGCCAAAGGGACCAAUAUUCUCUUUUUCUGGACUGCCGCCACAAAUUUCAUGCCUAUUUUGGGCGCUUUUCUCUCCGAUUCUUAUCUGGGUCGCUUCCUCACCAUCGGUUUAGGCUCCAUCGUCAGCCUCCUGGGGACGAUACUCUUAUGGUUAACAGCAAUGAUUCCAAAAGUAAAGCCUCCUCCAUGCGAUAUGUUAUCGGGUCAAAAAUGUCAAUCCCCAACAGCUUCUCAAAUGACUCUGUUAAUCUCCUCAUUCAUCCUCAUGGCCAUUGGAGCUGGUGGCAUUCGACCCUGUUCCAUAGCAUUUGGAGCCGAUCAAUUGGACAGAAGAGAUAACCCCAAAAAUGAGAGGGUCAUAGAGAGCUUCUUUGGUUGGUACUAUGCAUCAGCUGCCAUUUCUGUGGUGAUUGCUUUAACGGCUAUUGUUUAUAUUCAGGAUCAUUUUGGAUGGAGAGUGGGGUUCGGAGUUCCUGCAAUCCUUAUGUUCUUUUCGGCUUUUUUGUUUUGCCUCGCUUCUCCCCUCUAUAUCAAAAUGCAAGCAAGCACGAGCUUGUUCACUGGCUUCGCACAAGUGGCUGUUGUUGCUUAUAAGAACAGAAAACUCCCAUUGCCACCUCCUAACUCUACUAGGUGUUACCAUCGUAAGAAAGGUUCUGAAGUUCUUGUGCCAACAAAAAAACUAAGGUUUUUAAAUAAAGCUUGCAUCAUUAGAAAUCCUGAACAAGACAUAGCUGCAGAUGGAUCAGCGUCAAACCCAUGGCAUCUUUGCACAAUAGAGCAGGUAGAAGAGCUGAAAGCACUCUUAAAGGUCAUACCAUUGUGGUCUACAGGGAUCAUGAUGUCAAUAAACAUUAGCCAAAACUCAUUCCCAGUGCUCCAAGCUAGCUCCAUGGACCGACAUAUCACUUCAAGCUUCCAAAUUCCGGCAGGCUCUUUCGGAAUGUUCACAGUCAUCGCUCUAGCAAUAUGGGUAGUCCUUUAUGAUCGUGCAAUCCUUCCCUUGGCAUCAAAGAUCAAAGGCAAACCAGUACGACUUGGCGUUAAGCUAAGGAUGGGAAUUGGACUAUUUCUCUCUUGCUUGGGCAUGGUGGUUUCAGGUAUUGUCGAAAAUGCUAGACGAAGAAAAGCGAUUCGAGAAGGAUAUUUGAACAAUCCUCGUGCAGUCCUGGACAUGUCUGCAAUGUGGCUUAUCCCACAACAUCUCUUGAAUGGCUUUGCUGAAGCUUUUAAUGCAAUCGGGCAGACUGAAUUUUACUAUUCUGAAUUCCCCAAGAGUAUGUCAAGUAUAGCUUCUGCUCUAUUUGGUCUAGGAAUGGCUGUGGCAAACUUACUAGCAAGUCUUAUAGUAAGCACUGUCAACGACCUUACUUCAAAAGGCGGCAAAGAAAGUUGGGUUUCGAGUAACAUUAACAAGGGUCACUACGACAACUACUAUUGGCUUCUCGCCAUUCUGAGUCUCAUCAAUAUGAUAUACUUUCUAGCAUGCAGUUGGGCUUAUGGACCUUGCAUUGAGCGCAUAGCAAGUGCUAAUGUUGAAGGGAACGGCAUAAGGGAGGAAGAAGAGUUAUCUGAUCUAGGGGCGAGAGUUGGCGAUGAAAGCAAUGGCUUGAAGGAAGAAGUUUUGUCUAAGUCCAGAGAUUUAUCAUCAGCUUGAUUUGUGUUUUACCUGGUAUGAUUUGUUAUAGUGAAUGUAUAUCUAUUUAACUGGGUGAAAGUAAUUAGAAUUAUAGUUUUUGAACCUUUUUAUAAUAUUAUCUCUGUUCUUGUAUCAUUUAUA